AUGGCACCAAGCCUGAUCGGUCUCGACCCGCGAAGAGUCGACCGUAUCAAUGAUGCCAUGGAUGAUGCACUGCUCGGACAUGAAGAUGCCAAGACAGCCAUUGAUGUGGCAUGUUGGGAUAUCUUUGGCAAGUCGGUUGGACUGCCGGUCUGCGAGCUUCUCGGUGGUCGCACGGACGCUCGACUGCCACUGAUCUCUUCUAUCUAUGUCGGAGAGCCGGAGGACAUGCGCGCACGAGUUGCCAAAUACCGCGCAAAGGGAUACAAGGGGCAAUCGGUCAAGAUCGCAGGAGAGCCUGUGACUGAUGCCAAGCGGGUCGCAGCGGCUCUUGCCGAUCAGCAACCUGACGAGUUCUUUAUUGUGGAUGCCAACGGCGGAUUGUCGGUAGAGACCGCUCUACGGUUUUUGAGGCUGUUGCCUCGUGGUCUCGAUUUUGCGUUGGAGGCCCCUUGUGCCACCUGGCGUGAGUGCGUGUCUCUCCGACGUAAGACCGAUGUUCCGAUCCUCUACGACGAACUCGCCACGAAUGAGAUGUCCGUUGUCAAAAUCCUGGCGGACGACGCGGCGGAGGGGAUUGACUUGAAGAUUUCCAAGGCGGGUGGUCUGACCCGAGGCCGCCGUCAGCGGGACAUCUGCCUGGCAGCGGGCUACAGUGUGAGUGUUCAGGAGACGUGUGGCUCGGACAUCGCAUUCGCUGCGAUCGUGCAUAUGGCUCAAACCGUUCCGGAGCGAUCCUUGCGUUGCAUCCUGGAAUGUCGAGAGAUGGUUACAAUCAAGACCGCGGAUGGAGCGUUUGACGUCCACGAUGGCUUCGUCACAGCGCCAACCACGCCAGGACUAGGAAUUGUGCCGCGCUUAGACGUCCUGGGAGAGGCUGUUGCGAGCUAUUGUUAA